CUCGGCACUGAGGCUGAGGCUAUUUGUUGCUGCGCCGCCACCGCCCGAACCAUGGUCCGCGCUCCACUCGGGCUCUCUUAGCAGCAGCCGCCGCCGCCGCCCUGUGAUCGCUGGCUUCACUUCCUCCUUCUCUUCUUGCUGAGCCACUUUCCUCCUAGAGCUAUGACCGUCGUCUCCGUCCCACAGCGGGAGCCACUUGUCCUGGGUGGCCGUCUUGCGCCCCUGGGCUUUUCCGCCCGCGGUUACUUCGGGGCCCUGCCGAUGGUGACCACGGCCCCGCCGCCUUUACCCCGGAUCCCGGACCCCCGGGCACUUCCUCCCACCCUUUUCCUCCCUCACUUCUUAGGGGGAGACGGUCCCUGUCUGACCCCGCAGCCUCGCGCCCCAGCACCUCUGUCCAACUGUAGUCUAGCUACGGCGGGAGGCACCCCUCGGGCAGCACCAAAGAAGCGGCGAAAGAAGAGGGUGCGGGCCAGCCCGGCGGGACAGCUGCCCAGCCGCUUCCAUCAGUACCAGCAGCACCGGCCGAGUCUCGAAGGCGGUCGGAGCCCCGCGACGGGCCCGAGCGGAGCGCAGGAAGUCCCGGACCAGGCCGCCAAUUUGGCCCCGGGUCCUGCGGCCGCAACCCAAACUGAGGAAGCGAGCCUUUUCCCUGGCCCGGUGCCGCCCGCGGUGCCCGGCCAACCCUCAUUCAGAAGAGAGGUUUUAAAAUCAAAGAUGGGAAAAUCGGAGAAAAUUGCCAUUCCCCACGGCCAGCUUGUUCAUGGUAUACACUUGUGUGAACAACCAAAGAUAAACAGACAGAAAAGCAAAUAUAACUUACCACUAACCAAGAUCACCUCUGCAAAAAGAAAUGAAAAUAACUUUUGGCAGGAUUCUGUUUCAUCUGAUAUAAUUCAGAAGCAGGAAAAAAAGCCUUUUAAAAAUACUGAGAACAUUAAAAAUAUGCAUUUGAAGAAAUCCGCAUUUCUAACUGAAGUGAACCAAAAGGAAAAUUAUGCUGGGGCAAAGUUUAGUGAUCCACCUUCUCCUAGUGUUCUUCCAAAGCCUCCUAGUCACUGGAUGGGAAGCACUAUUGAAAGUUCCAACCAAAAUAGGGAGUUGAUGGCAGUACACUUAAAAACUCUCCUAAAAGUUCAAACUUAGAUCUCAGAUUGCAGUAUGUCUGUAAAACAUUUUUUUUCCAAAAUCCCUGGACUCUUGAAAAGAAAAUUGGUACAGAAAUGGAAAUUUGCCUUGUAACAUACAAGUGCAAAGGAGUUUCAAAAAUUACAAACAACUUGUAUUAUAUUUUAUAUUUUGUAAAUACUGUAUACCAUGUAUUAUGUGUAUAUUGUUCAUACUUGAGAGGUACAUUAUAGUUUUGUUAUGAAAGUAUGUAUUUUGCCCUACCAAAUGGUAGGUGUUUUGUAUAUAUACAGUGGAGAAAUUUUAAGUGUGCUAAGGCACAUGGAAGACCGAUUUAUUUGCACAAGGUACUGAGAUUUUUUUUUAAAGAAACAGCUGUCUAAUCUCAAGGUGAAGAUCUAAAUGUGAACAGUUUACUAAUGCACUACUGAAGUUUAAAUCUGUGGCACAAUCAUUGUAAACAUGGGGUUUGUUUGUUUCUCUAAAUUGAUUUUUGCCUUCUAAUCUGUAAUUACUGGAAAACUCCUAUUCCCAUUUUUACCAAACUUAAUUUCUGGGUUUUGGUUUAUCCAUUCAAAUUUAAAAUACCUCUAAUUUUAAUGCCAACAAAAUUGGUUGUAAUCAAAUUUUUAAAUAAUAAUAUAAUUUGGCCCCCCCUUUUAUACUAGUCUUGAUUCUUUGUGUGUGACUUUCAUGUUUGAAUGUGUGACUAGGAGAUGGAUUUUUAACUUUCCAUUUUACUGGCUAAAUGUCUUAGUAUUACUAAUUGUCCUUCCUCCUUCUGAUAUUUAGAGGGUCCAAUAAUUUCACCGUACUACCUCUAAGGGGAGGAAUUCCCCAUUUUGCAAUGGAAACUUGUCGAAAGUAAAGCUGGUUAGUUUAUAACUUAGAAUAUAUUUUUAUAUAUGAACUGUUUCAUAAAGUACCAUUUGACUUACCAUAUAAUUUCAAUGAAAGAAGAUGACACUUGGUUUGGUUUAUGAUAUUGAAUGGUGGUACUUAAACCAAAGGAAGUGUAAUUGAUGUUAAAGUAGGUGGAGAUUUGGAUUCUAGAGUUUGCUGAAAGAAAUAUAGUAGCUUAUGUAGUUUUACUUUAAAAUUCAAACUUUGUUUUCUAAAGUUCUAAAGGACGAAUUUUCCCUGUGUGAUUUUUAGUUCUACAGAGCUAAAAUUUAUCUUGAAUAACAAAAAAGGUUGUGGGGUUUUUGGUUGUUGUUGUUGGUUUUUUUUUUUUUUUGAGUUUUAGGCAAUACUUAGACGGGAAAAGAGUGUUAAGAGGGUAUAUAUGGUGGAAUAGAUAAGGUGCUACUAUCUUUUCAAGAAAAGUCUAAGGUCUUGCACAUUUGGUUCAUGCAGGAGGGGAGACUUUCUGGCUAUACAAAAGUGGGUGGUGUGGACACAACCUGAGAAUGAAUCACUGUUACUGAUGAGCUGUGCCAGGAGGGUAUGGUAACUUGUUACAUAGCCACCACAAAACCUGAGAACUAGUUAACAGAAGUGCCUGCAGUCUUGUUUACACAGUUCGUACAUAAUCCAGCCAACCAUUCUUUGGCCCUGGCUAUAAAAUGCUUCAUUCUUGCAUGUAUGUAGAGAAAGCUAUACUUUGUUAUUAUAUAUGUUAUACAUAGCUAGCAUUAAAUGCAUUAGAAAAACUAACAACAGUAAGAUUUCAAUCUUGUAAAAGUUUUUUUAAGAUUUUUUCAAGAAGUGUUAACACUGGUAAAAGAAAUAGUAAUUAUAAAGUAAUGGGUUUUGUAAUUUGAAGAGUGAAUAAAGUUGGCUGAAUUACACUACAGCUGACCUUGUGAAAAAGUAUUAGCAAACUUAAAAAGUUAAUUUUGACGUUAUAGUAAAAUGGUAUUCCGCAGCCUUAGUCUCUUCGGACUGCUGUGACAGUAGAAGGUGUGGGUAGCUUAUAUAAAGUUAUUUCUCAAUCCAGUUAGCCGGAAAGUCUGAGAUUAAGGCACCAGCAGAUAACGUCUAAGAGCCCACUUCAUGGUCCAUAGAUGGGAGUCUAGGGGCUUGGGUGCUUUCUUGGGCUCCUUUUGUAGAGCUAUUAAGCCCAUUCAUGAGGGUUCUCAUUUCCUCCAAUGUUACUGUCACUGUUUGGUUUUGUGGGUAUAUAAAGCAAACACUUAAGAGUCACCAGCUUCGGGCCUAAGUUUUUACCUAGUAGCCUGGUAAAGGGGCUCAUCAUUGUAAAGGGCUGAAAGGUUUAUAUGUGAGUGGAAAUUGUUCUAUGCAGUGGCACUUCACUAUAGAACAUACCUGGAUGUGAGGUACUAUGCUGAAGUUGCUUUUAGAUAAGAAUACAAUUUGAUACUACUCAACUCCUACUACUGAUAAAGUGGCACAUACUGCUGAUACAGUAACACCAUAGGACUUUCGUUUGCAUUAAUCUUGGUGCUAAGUAUUUUAGUGUCCUUGUAGGCAGAUAAAGGAAAAAGAAGGUAAAAGACCAAAUCGCACUAUUAGAAGGUUGACAGGAAUCAUUGUUUUCAAACUUAAAGGUGGUUUGUAAGUUAAAAUACAGAUUUUAAGGUGGUUUAUGUGGUUUGUGAGUUAAAAGACUAGAAUGUAUCAGGCAAAUAAUGGACAUUUUAUUAGGACCAGAAUUCAGGUUUUUAGGCAUCCAGUUGACCUUUGAAUAACAUGGGUUUAAACUGUGCUAGUCUACUUACCCAUGAGUUUUUAUGAAUACAUAUGUAAAUAUAGUAUAGUACUGUACAUGUUUUUUUGUUUUUGUUUUUUUUCCUGGAGCUCACUUUAUUGUAAGAAUACAGUAUGUAAUACAUAGAAAAUAUGUGUUAACUGACUCUUACCAAGCUUCUGGUCAGUAGGCUAUUAAUGGUUAAGUCUUAGGGGAGCCAAGUUAGGUGCAUUUUUGACUGCAUGGGAGUUGGCACCCCUAGCCCCCAUGUUGUUCAGGGAUCAACUGUACUAUGUAAUCACCCCUUUCCUUCGCAUUAUUUUAGUAUAAAGCUUGUGUGUCAUACAAAUGUGGAAGUGAAAUGGGGUCAGGUCAUACCACACUUGGGGAAAACCACUUGUAUUUCUUUUCCCUGGAACAUGAUCAGGCUAGCUAAAACCCACAUUACUUGCUUUUGUCUUUACUUGCCCUCUUUUCAAAGCCUUAACUCAACUUUUGGUGAUGAGAAGGAACAAAACCUAGGCCCUAUCCCUGUGCCGUGCCCCUCAGCAUCAGGCUCCAGAAUGGAUCUGGGAGAGGGCAACUGGCAGCCCACCCAAGUCAGGGUGAAAUUGUGAGGAGCUGUUGCUGCGGUAGAUAGGCUAGACUCUUGGAUGCCUUGUCGUCCCUCAACCCCCACCAUCUUCUCAAAAGCAAAGCAUUUAGAUGUCUGAGGGAGGGUUUGGGUUGUCCUGACUCAAAGCCAUCCACCUCUGCCCUAUUCCUGGUUCCUCCAGAGGCAUAGUUGGAGAAAGAACCAUAUUAAAUGGUUUAAGAAUCCAAAAAAGGGCUGCUUUUGAGAUUAAGGAGGCCUUCAAGUGGUAGCAUAAAGGCAGGCAAAUUGUGAAUGGGGACACCAAGCAAUCCCUUCUAGAAAGGAAGGGAAAGAAGGGUUUAAAGAUGCAAAGGAACUUCUAUUUGACAUUCACAUUUUGUGUGAAUCUCCAUUCCUGCCAUUCCUGCUCAAAUAGAUGCAAAUACCUUCACAAAUAGUUGGAAAAUCAAUUUUAGAAAUUCUGACCAUAAUUUGAAAAUUUCCUCAAUAUUUAGUCACUAGUUUUUAGGGGUUUUUUUUCUAGCAAUGUGUUACAAAUAUUGAAAUCAAUGAGUUGGCUUAGAUCUGACAUCUCUCCCAGUCUGAUUCCAGAAAAUGGUUCAUUCCUGCAGUUUUGAUAACACAUUUCUCUGUAAGAUUAUAAAAAUUCUAACAAUGAAACUAAUACAGAGUCCCUGUCUUUUGGAAAAUAAAACUGUCUCAAAACAC